GUUGUCUUUGGAGACUGGAGCUGGAAGUAAAACCAUAUGAGGAGACCAAGAUCAAAACCCUAUUGAAGGCAGCAGAAUAAAUCCAGUCUGGAGGAGUGUCAGACAAAGGGAGAAACAGCUGGAUCAAUUACAGAAAAGAAAGUUAAAGGAAAAAAAAUCUUCAGCUUGUUUUUCAAGAGAGGCAAAAACUCUGAGAAGUCGAAGAAAUGGAGCAACUUGCAAAACUCCUCCUGUGGCAGAUUUUGCUUCAGCAAAGUUCUGUGUGCUCAUAUUCAGUCCCAGCUGAUGCCUCCAACCCAGCCAGCGUGGUGGUGUCUGUGCUGAACAUCAGUGCUGUGCUGGGCUCCCAGGCUGUGCUGCCCUGCAAGAGCCACCGCAUGGUGUGGACCCAGGACCGCCUCAACGACAGGCAGCGCGUGGUGCACUGGGACCUGCUCAGCUCCUACUAUGGGGACAGCAGGAUGGAGAGGCUCUGUGACAUGUACUCAGCUGGGGACCAGCGUGUCUACAGCUCCUACAACCAGGGCAGGAUCCUCAUGCCUGAGAAUGCCUUUGCAGAUGGGAAUUUCUCACUGGUGAUCAAAGGUGUUGCAGAGAGUGAUGAAGGCACAUAUUCCUGCAAUCUUCACCAUCACUACUGCCACCUGUAUGAAACUGUGAAAAUCCAGCUGGUCAUCGCCAAUAGAGGUGAGGAGGCCAGCGAGUAUUGGGAUGGUGAGAAGCCAGUUCUGGUGGCCCCAGCGGGCAGCACGGUGACGCUGCCUUGUGUCAACCGCCAGCACAUCUGGACGGAGCGGCACAGCGAGGAGGAGCAGCAGGUGGUUCACUGGGACCGGCAGCCCCCCGGCGUGCCCCAUGACCGCGCUGACCGCUUGGUGGACCUGUACGCGUCCGGUGAGCGCCGCUCCUACGGGCCCCUGUUCCUGCGGCAGAAGAUGAACGUCACCCGCGGCGCCUUCGCCCUCGGAGACUUCUCCCUGCGCAUCUCCCACCUGGAGAGCGCCGAUGAGGGCACCUACUCCUGCCACCUGCACCACCACUACUGCGGGCUCCAUGAGCGCAGGAUCUACCACGUGUCCGUGACAGAGCCAGAGAAGGAGAGGAAGGUGGUGAACCUCACCACACACAGCGUGGCCCCAGCUGCAGAUCCAAAUGUGGUCAGGGGCCACAAUGUCAUCAAUGUCAUCAUCCCUGAGAGCAGGAUGCACUUCUUCCAGCAGCUGGGCUACAUCCUGGCCACUCUGCUGCUCUUCCUCGUCCUCCUCAUCAUCGUGGUCCUCAUCACCCGCAAGCGCCGGCAGAGAGGUUAUGAAUACAAUGUGAAGAAAUACGGAGAGAAGGAUGUGAAUCUUAAAGAAUUUACAGUGGACGCGACAGAUCUGACCCCACACAAAAGUGAAGACAUCAGGCUGGAUUACAAAAACAACAUCCUGAAGGAGAAGGCUGAGCAAGCCAGAAGCUUCCCAGCAAAGAACAUUGAUUUAGACAAAGAUUUCAGGAAGGAAUACUGUAAAUGAAGGCCCUCCCAAGCUGCUGGCUGGACCAGAAGCUUCCAUCAGAGAUAGAUAACAUGGAAAAGAGAUGCCUUUUCUUAAUUCCAUCUCCCUCCAACUUCCAUAGAAUUUUUUCCACAUCCACUUUUUCCCCACACAAGGGUGCAAAUGCUUCAUGAAAGAGUUAAACUGUCUUGUGUGCAUUUAUAGGGUUGGGUUGCCUUUUCUUCCUCUGUUCUUUCAAUCUUUCCUUCCCCUUUUCUUUCUUGACAAUUAUUGUUGGAUUUUAUGCAUCAAUGAUUUUUAUGAGCUGAAUCAGCAGAGGUUUUGCUUUGAUGUUAUUGCUUUAAAUAAAACCACCUGCAUCACUAAUUCUGA